AUGGGUCAACAUUUAUCCAUUGUUAAUUCACUUAUUGUUGACUGGGCUAAUAAGGAUACAGCCGAUCCCAAGUCAAACUCUAUGGCAUAUGAUAAUGAUAAUGAAAAUAUAAAUUUAUUUUUAUCGAUGAAAACAUUUGCUGAUACAACAACAAAUGAAACUCAAGAUCAUAACGAUGUUCCAAUUUGGAAUUCGGAAAAAUUAUUAACGGAACACAUUCAAAAAUAUCUAUUAAAACUUACGACAAAUGAUGAACUCACAUUGAUUAAUACAAAAAUUAAUAAAUUACUUAUAGAGAAUGGUUUCAUUCCUGUUGCUGACCGCUAUCGAAAAGCAUUUCAAGAAAUGAAAGUAGUUUUUGGCAAGCAACAACAGUUACGCGAGUCGCUGCAGAAAAAAUUAGGCGAUGAUAACGAUACAAAUCAAUUUAUAGUCUCAGAACCAUGCACUGAAUCGUCGGAAAACGAAACUGAUGCUCUACAAUUUCCUUAUUUUGCUGUAAAAUUGUUAGCAUCAUUAUUGUUAGAGUCAGUCAAAAUAAACGAAAAAGUUGAUCCAUCGAUUUCAUCUCAAAUAAUAAUAUUAGCCAAUCAAUUAUGUGAACAAAUUCCUAUUAAAACCUUAUCGUCUUUCGAACAAUCACCAGCUAGCAGAAACUUCAUCUCCAAAUCGUUGCAACCAUUGAUUAGUUGUAUUAAUGAACUAUCUUUGUCAACAGAUCCCAUUGUAGCAACACCAGCUGUGGAAAUUUUAUUAAGAUUUUUAAUUGCACAAGCAUCAUUCAGAGAUCUUCUAUUCAUCAUACAUAAAUUAAUAUUCCAUACCAUAGAUACUUACAAUCUACGGAAUUUGUUCAAAGAAAUGAAUGAUUGCUUCACAGAUAUUAGUAAGCAAUAUGAACAAGUAAAACAACAAUUAGACACAAAAACACUAGCAGGUUAG